AUGCCUUUCUGCAAGCGUGUGAUCUUGCCGAGGGAUUUGUGCAAGCCCGGUUCCGGCGUCAGGACGUCGGAGCUGUUCGCGGACCUGGUCGACGUGUGCGCCUUCACGCUGGCCUCGGUGCUGCGCCAACUUUCCGACCUGUCCCGACACUCGCUGGGCGUCCUGGAGGAGCUGGAGGGCGAGCUGGCGUCCGUGUGCCGGAGGUCCGGCGCGCUGGAGGGCAGACUGGGCCGAGUGGUCGGCAUGCUCCGAAAGAACCAGCACACAGCCACCGUCGGACUCGAGGCGGAGAGCGGCAGGCGCGGAGGCAGCCGCGGCGGCGGCGACGGCGGCGGCAACCACCACAACCACGCCGGAGGAGGACGGCGGGGAAGCGGCGAGCUCGGCAACGGCGCGGCCCACUUCAGGUCUCCAUGGCAACAGAGCGUGAACGUGUUUGGCUCCUGGAGCAGACCCGAGUGUGUCGAAGAGCUCCACCAGCAGGCGCAGCUUAACCUCCAGAGCCUGCUGCAAGACUUUGAGGAGCAGCUGUGCGACGGCCAGCCGCCGGGUCAGACGUUCCGCCGCCCGCCCUCGCAGAGCUCCGACGACGCCUCGCCGGGCUCCCCCGGCAACAAGCGGCCCGACUUCAUCUUUCUGCCGGCCUCCAAGCAGCUCUACGAAGAUGAGACCACCAGCUCGGUCUUCGGACUGAGGUCCCUGGCCGGCCCGUCUCCCUCGCCUUCCCCGUCCCCCUGCGAGUCGGAUCGCCUCCCGUCGGGCUGGAGCGCCGGACCGCCCGUCGCAGAGAAACCGCGCUGGCACCUUGGUAGACGGGCGCCAGCUCACGCCACAGCAGGUGAAGGAGGAGGCAAGUUCCACGGUGCGGAUCUGCUCCAGCACUCGGCGUCCUUAUCCCCCUCUCCGGCGGAGCGCUUCCACCAGCCCCGCUCCCUGGAGCCCGUCGCUGACACCCCUCGUCAGAACCUCGCCCUGAGGAAGAUCCGCUCCAACCUCGACGCCGCCUCGCCUUCAGAUAUCAUCCCGGACCAACCGGGAACCAUGGACCACUCCGGCCUGCUUUACUCCAACGCUCCGUCCGGCGCCUGGAACGGACCGAAAGGCUCCACCUUCUCUCCCGGGGCCUGGAACGAGCCUUACAAUUACAUCGGCAAGAAAGGGCCGGCCGUUCCGCCCAAGCAACGCGGCGUCGUCGGCCGCGCGGGAGGCGGGGCUCACGAAGGCCUGACGUUAGUGAGCAACUCGCAGUCCGUCUCCUCCUCUCCCGCGUCGGACGCUUCCGGGAGACGGCGGGACGACGCGCCGGGGUUAGAGAGGAGGAGCGAGACGGAGGGGGCCGCGGCCGACGGCGGGACGGGGACGGGGAGGGGAAGGGGGAUGUCGGCGCGCUCCUUAGCCGCGGCGAACGCGUUCAAGUUCCGGGAACGUUCUCUCUCCACGCCCACCGACUCUGAUUCCUUUUGCUUUACCGAGGUUGGCACGGAGCGACCCGACGGGACUCUGGCAUCCACGGGGAACGGGACCGUGACAUCUACAGAGCACCGGUGGCAGCAUCCUAACUUUUUGGGUCUCGGUGAGAAUUACGCUCUGCUCUAUCCCAGAGGGAGCUCAGAAGACAGCGCCAGUACCGCGGACACGAUCUCCGUUUCGGCGUCGGACUACGCCGCCGAAGGACGCUUGUGCCUGCGCUCGCGGUCCAUCUCGCUGAAAAAGUCAAAGCGCAAGCCUCCGCCUCCAGUGAGGAGCGUGUCUCUCAUGAAGAACCUGGACCAGGCCGAGGGAAGGAUCCACCACGAGGGCGGUUUGCAUCGGGACGGACGCCCAAAGAGCCUGCACAUCCCGAGGGACCCGUUUCCAGACUUCCAGCCCGAUUUCCUUUUGCCCGCUUCUAGAUCAGGGGAGCCGGGCCAGGUAGCCUGCGCCGGACUUCCCGACCGGGAGGUCCGCGCUUCGGAAAAGGAGGCGGAGCCGACUUUCUCCUCUCACUGGCAGCUGGGGGAGCGGAAGAGCAAUGACCCCUACAGGUCUUUAUCGGGCUCCAGCACCGCGACCGGUACGACCGCGAUGGAACGCGUGAAAGUCAAAGGCAGUUGGGAGUCGCCGCUCGACUCGCCCGCCACCUCCGGAGCCACGUCGCCCUCGCACCUCCUCGCGGGAACGGACGUCAAGCCCGUUUCGCCCUUCAAGCCCCCGGGACUCGUGUCUCCAUCGAGCGGCUAUUCCAGUCAGUCGGAAACACCCACCCCUACCGUGCCGCCGGGUCAGACGGCGGGCGCGGGGUCGUCCGGGACGACGGGAUGUAAGAUGCGGCCAAAGAUCCCCGAAAGAAAAUCUUCGCUCCCUUCGCCGAAGGAUCCCGCCGCCAGGUCCAGAUUAUCCUUUGAGAUGCCAGGGAACGCCCAUCCGGAGCUCUCGUCAAUCAAGCCGAAGCAAAAAGCCAGCAGGCGGCAUUCGGACACGUCCGCCGCCGCGAAACCUGGAAAAAUCAGCCCCGGCUCUUCGCAGGUCCUCCCGACGGUCACCCAGAACGAACUGAAAAGAGUCCGUCUCCGUUCGGUCUCGCGAGGCGAUCUGGAGGACUGCCCGGACGGUGCGUCGGACACCAUCGAAGAAGAGCAGCAGCGCAGGGACUUUGAAGAUGACUCCAGCCCGCCUCCCGCUCAACCUAAACCCAAGCCGCCAAUUUCUGUCAAACCCCCUCUUCCGAAACGGCCCCUUAAUCUGCUCCUGAAGUCCCAGUGCUCCACGCCCACCCUCACCCUGGAUUCUCCCCCGGCGUCGCCCGUCGACCGCCCGGUUCCCCUGGGCAACAUUUACAAAGUCAUGAAGAAACCAAAACCCAAAAAAAGUCAAUCACAAAGUCUUUCCAACGCAUCCGCGAUCCAAGAUUAUAAUUCGACUCACGCCACCUCCAACCGGUGCCUCUUUGAUCUCCCGCCCCUUCCCGACCCCCAGCCUCUCCUGGAGGAUCCCGAUUCGGAGCCGGGAUUUGAUCCCGGCCUCCGACUCGGGCCAGAGGACGGCGGCUCGCUCCCUUCUCCUUGCAGUAAUCGGGAGGCUCCGGAACUCCCGGACAAGAGCAAGACUCUUCCUUCCAGAAUGACAAUCUCCUGUCUGGCAGAGCUCUCUGACAAAAAGAAAUCCAAGGUUCCACCCCCGGUGCCCAAGAAGCCAAACGUCCUACUCCUUCCUUCCUCCUCCGCCCACUCCUCAACUAACACCGGAACGGAGCGCCGGACCGCGGCGGCCGACAGCCCGCCGGGGCCUCCGUCUCCCGGAGAUCCUUUCCCCCCGGAAAAGAUUCCUAUAAGUCCUGAAACGUCGACGGAAGAUGAGAAUCACCUGGGAGCAGACGUCUCGACGGAGUGUUUGCUUCACUCUUCCCUGCCGCCGGAUUCCUCCCUCGCGGCGCCGGAUGAGAAAAGGGCCGCCGCGGGGAUUGAGGCAGACGACGACGACGACGACGACGACGGCGCGGCCGGCGACAAAACGGUGCUUCACAUCGCGGAGGAAACGGAUGAAGACUUCCCGGCCAGCGCGGCUGCAACGCACACCACCGAAGACCUGUUCACCAUCAUACACAGGUCCAAGCGGAAGGUCCUGGGUCGCAAGGAGCCUUCCGACUCCUUCGGAAGCCGCCAGAGUCUGACGUCCCCGGUCAAGCAGCUGAACCCCGGCCAGAGGUCCAGCUCCCGCAACGAGAACUUCAUGGCCUUGUUGCAGAAGAAGGGCAGUAAGUCUUCCAGCGCGGGGGCCAGGGUGUCCGCCGCCGAACUUCUCAAAAGCACAAACCCCCUGGCGCGACGCGUCACCGAUCUCCCGGGCGAGGCGGGGGAGGUCCAAUUCGGCCAAGGCAAAGUCAACGAUCAGUGAGGUGGUUCCGGUGAGGAUGAACUGGCAGCGAACAGUUUGGCUCCAACCGCCGGCUGACCAUUUGCACGGCCCGGUCGCGUCGUUGGACAAAAUGGUCCCCCGGCUGGGUUGGAGCCCUAACGUUCUCCGUCGAAGAGCAGAAAAGGGGGGGAUCCGGCGACGACGGACAAGUAGACUGAAAAGGGAUGUACGAAUACCACCUACAGAAGGGUACGGCUUGUUUAUCAGUCCUCCCCGAUUCCAACAACCCCCCCCGACGAAGACGGCGGCGUCACGGGAAUAUCCGUAAUAAUAAUCGGCGGCCGAUUUCUCGUCAAGAUCUCGGAAGCGGGAUUCUGCUCGGACACUCCCACAAACGGUCGAGAGGAAGCUGACCUUUCCUUUUCCCCGUGGCCCCACGCACACACUUUGUUCAGCGUCUUCUGCGCCAGUCGGACGUCGACUAUAACGUACAGCGUGUUGUGUACAAAGAACAUCUUCAGACUCCAAACGAAGACACUGCCCAUGUGAUGGACUCACACAAAGAACCCAAAUCUCUGCACAAUUGUGCGUGUGUGUGUGUGUGUAAGUAAUCAUCAUCAUCAUCAUCUUGCCUGCGGAGUUUCUGCAUGGAGAGCAUGAAGCAGGCUUGAGGCGGGUUAAUUUUUUUUUUUUUCGGUCUCCGGUGACGGGAGCGAGGGAUAAACACGCCAAACGAACCAGAGGGGACCUUUCAGUGUGUGCACCAGAGAGACAGAUUAAGCGCGAGAGAGGCGGGGAAUUGGAAAUUCGGUCCAAUUUUUGGGGCGCGGGCAGAUAGAUACUGAGCUCCGUGGGCAUAUUGAAGUAGCCGGCGGUCGACGGAACAAGGUAGUACCAGGUCACGUCGUCCGUUCCCACAGCGUCGCCAGAGCGGUGACGUUACAGGCCUCCGAACGAAAGCCCGUACGGCAGCUUAGAUCGUUCACUGCCGCCGACAAUCUCCCUUUGAAACACCGCAAGAGUUGCAGGAAGGAGAGACGGAGACACGUUGUCGACGUGAACUUUGGUGCGACAAUGGCGCAGAGGUGCCGUCGCCACCCGGUCCCCCGCACUGCCCCUCGUUGCCCCGGAGGUGCACUACAGCAAUUUCACUGCUCGUGUGGAAAAACACCUGUGAACAUUAGCCAACGAAAAGAGUGAUAAGAACAACAUCCAUCCAUCCAUUAUCUGGCGCUUUUCUGGGUCAGGUCGCGGGGGUGGGGGGGGGGAAGUAGUUUCAGCAGGGAUACCCAGACUUCCCUUUCCCCAGCCCUUUCUCGCAAAUCUUCCGGAGGGAUCCCGAGGCGUUCCCGAGCCAGCCGAGAGACAGAGUCCCGGGUCGUCCUCGGGGUCUCCGUCCGCCGGGACGUACCCCGGAACACCUCACCGGGGAGGCGUCCAGAUCGGACGCCCCCGCCCACCUCAUCUGGCUCCUCUCAAUGCGGAGGAGCAGCGGCUCGACACCGGACGACGGAGCUUCUCACCCUAUCUCUAAGGGAGAGCCCCGACACCCCGCGGAGGAAACUCACAACAACAACAAAAUGUGCGUACUUGGGUGUCAGACCCUCCCCGGUCAGAUCAAUUUCAUCUAAAGGCCUGCACUGUGACCGCUCGGACUGAUGACCUCCGAGAGACUUUGUGCUUGUCAACUCUCUGAAGCACCUCCUACCAAUGACUUUUCCGCUGGCCGUUUGGGUCGCUUUUCGGCCGUCGCCCUCGUCUUUAUCAUCGGCGGCUUCGCGUUCGGCGCGAGUACGGUCUCCUUCAAAAGCGAAGUCAGUCGUGGCGAUAUUGUGCGGGUGUAGCACGCCGUCCACAGCGUUCUCCAGAUGUUCGCACUCGGGAUCGCAACCGGUUACAAAUAACCGGUUUUCGUUUUUUUUAAAGGGUUUUAAACCGUAACGGGACUUUCGAAAUGGGUUGAAAUUUCCAAUCAUUUCAAUAUUCAAUAUUGUAUACAAACUACCCCAUUACCGCGGAGUAAAUUAACGAUCGACGGUGUAAGCGCCGGAGAAAAGGAGUCGGAGGCGGAGUGUCGGACACGGGAACAAAACUCGUUUUAUCGGCAGACAUCAAAAGACUACUCGCAUAACGGCGGGAACUCUGUGAACUCGUCACUCCGGAAGAGCAACAACAAAAACAGUCCGCGCGGAACCCCGCACCCCAAGUCGAGGGUGAAUUACGUAAACGCCACAACGGUACCGGUUUUAAAACGGGUUAAUUUAUUUAUUUUAUUUUUUUUUGCGAUCCCCAGUUCAUACCCAGAAGCUGCUAUGUUUUCUGUUUUAAUUCAUUUUGUCAACUCUUUUGACGUCUCUCGGGCGAGCUCUGACUUAUCGCUCUGAGGAUAGGGAGUGUGGUAACUUUCUUCGGGUAGACUGCGAACGGUAGACCCCGCCGUCCCCGCGAUCCGACCGUCCUGCCGUGUUUCUACUUGUUUUCUUUCCGCCUACUGAAACACUCCUGCCGUCGGGAGGCCGUAUCGAUUGACGCGCAUCCGUGGCACUGAAUUUGCCAGGCGAUCCGAGUUGUUUCUUCUUCCAACCCGUUCUCCAAUUGAAGUCUCUUCCGGUCACGGAGAAGUCUUUUAACCGGACCACUGACACUCGCCCUCAUUUGAUUUGUCAAGAUGUUGUACUUUUCUUGAAGGUUGAAAUUUGUCUUGUCUCGGUGGGUUUUUGAGGUCUUUGCGACUGGGCUUCUGGCGUGUCCAGCCUUGUUCCCGAAGACAGGUUUAACGUCGCCACACAGGCUCCGUCUUUGUUCUUUGGCCGCUCGACUUCUGAGCCGCGUCGCUCGCACCGUCUCCUCCGACGCUCGACAGCUGUCGGGCGCAGGUCGCGUCGUACUCGGCAGCCGAGAAAGGGCGUCGGCGUCGACCUCUCCGGGCCUGUACCGGAUUUCGAAAUGGAACCGCAUUCAACUUGGCGGCGCUCAUCACGUAGGUCAGAGGGUCGUUGUCCGUAUACACGGUGAAACGAGGAGCAUAAAAGCGUUAAACGACGGGUUGUCGGCGCCGAUCCCGGAUGACCCCCCCCCCCGAAUGGUGUUCAAACGCACGGAGAACGGUGCCGCGUCUCCGUCAAAUUUAAAGGGAACGAGGCGAGCGAAGCGGUCUGUGAACGGUCCGCCCGCCCGCCGACCUCUGCCGUCGCAGUCCACCUCCAGCGUAGAUUUGCGACGCCCCCCCACGAAGGAUUUACCGUGCUCAUUUCAGGAAAAUAGCGCCCCGAGAGGGAUUUUGUUAAGACCUUCAAAGAAAGCGUGGGGAUGUUUACGUACCGAUUUUUCCGUUUUCCCAAUAGGGAAAAGCCGAGGUCCUUUUUUGGAGAACCGGAUGGCUUUUCGACGGCCGAUUGGCCGCCCCGACGCGCGAGCUCCUUCCCUGACCUCUGCGCCGCUUUCGCCGUUCCAUUAACCUUCCCCCGCAUUUUGCGCAUCCGCACCGGGGGAAUGUCGAUGAGCAAGCGUGCGCCAAAAAAAAAAAAAAAAAAAGAGAGAGAGAGAGAGAGUGUUUUGUCCGCAACGGCGCAGAUGAGAAGGCGUGAAGGUUGCAUGACAGGAUGGACUGACUUCCUCUUUGCGUCCUCUGCCUGCGCAGCUGUUAGAGCUCCAUCUGGUGGUGGGAGGAUGCGCGCCAAACACUAAGUAAGCUGUCAUCGUGACUUAAAAUCGCCGCUUAUGACCACUUGUCAAAUGAUGCUUUCUUUUUUGAACAUUUAGUGCGCCCCAAAAAAAACUUGUACAGCUGUAUUUGUACGCCUUGUAUAUCAAGGAUGGGGCUGCGUUACUGCAGCGCUGUCUUUUUUUUUUUUUUUUUUUUUUUUUUUGAACGUUUCAUUUGUGCACUUGCAAGCAGAAGCGGGAGCAGCAAUGUUGACAAAGUUUUCCGACAUUAUCAGGAAAGAAUCCCGUCGGCGAAUUCCCGUAAACACCCAGCACGCGGGCACAUACUGUAAGUCGUCCUCUCUUCGCGUCAGAUAAUCUUAACAGCGAGGUUGUGCCGUCCGUCGGUUUUGUGUACUUUUAGUUCUAGGUCGUUUGACGCGAGCAUGCCGCGCACGACUCCAGCUGACGACGAGCUUGUUGUAAGAUUCCCCCCCCCCCCCCCCCCGACCCCCCCCCCCCCCUGCUGUCCCCUAUCCAACCGGUAGAUGAGGCAAGAUAGCACCCAGUAACAUUUGGGUGUAGCGCUUAGAGCAACAAAAGAGACAGAGACCGUUUAUUGGAGUUCUAUUUUUUAUUAUUAUUAUUCCUCGUGAGACAAAAAAAAAAAAAAAAAAACAUAUUUAAAAGAAUAUUCCGUGGAUGUAUUAAACGCCCUCACGGGCCGUCCGGCGGUUUGGUGCGCAGCUGCCCGGGAUAAGCGCCGCAUUCCCACAUGCCAGUGCCAUGAAGUGAUUCUAUCAUAAAUAAAUUAUUUUUCUUGCGUCAAAACAAUGUCAGCCUUUGUUUGUUUCGGCCGUCGUUCCGCGAAGACACAAUUUGGACCUCCCGAUUUGAUAUCAGGGCGGACUUGGAGACCAAGCCGUUUUCUCUUAUUCUUUGCCUCUUCCACUUCCACUUCCAGUUUCAUCACUUGAAUCUCCAUUUUUGUGUACCCGUACAAUCUGCUGUGAAAACCGUCCAAUCUCCUUUGAGCGCAUUAGCUUCUUUUUUCAAUCCAACAGCCUCCGCCACUUUUACGCGAUUUGGGAACCGCGCGCAAAUAUUUCGGAGCGAACGCCGCAAUUAAGCGUCCUCUAGUUCCCAUCUUUGUUAAAAUAGCGUUGGGUUGGAUUUACCGCUUUUGUACGGAAGGCGUUUGAUCACUUAUUGAAUAUCAUAAUAGCGUGCUGAUUUGUUCAUAGACUAACAUGGUCUUUGUCUUCACGUGUAAGUACUGUUGAGUGCACUAGUUGACGUUCACCUGUAGCAUUUUACUAGUCAGCGGCAUGCACGUUUCUGGACACUAGUAGGACAAGCGCACGUUAUCAGUACCAUGAGUGAAGGGCUUAACGGUAACCGCUGCGAUUUUCCGCGCUAUCGCACAGUCCUGCGUCAGCAGUUGUUCUACUAGCGCGGGGUAGUCGUUCUCACAUUGUCACUCGUAAAAGGAUUGUUGUGACACUAGUAGGAUAUUUAGAAAGGCUUAAAAGGCUUUUGACGGCAUGGCUCAUCAGGGCCAAAGAAGCAAGCGCCACGCUUCCUGUUUCUGACAGCAGAGAGCACGACGUGCUAUCUGUGAACCACACACACGGGAAAAACUGAUGAGCGCGGCCUGGGUGGCAUGGGGGGGUGGUGGGUUCGGG